AUGCAAAGUUCAGGAAAACAAAAGAUAAGGGAGCUUCGCAGAGUAAUUGUCGGCUUUGUAAGGCCUAAGCUCAAAUCUAAGGUUGCGUUUUCAAUGGGUCGAUGCAUCAAUUUUCAAUCCCCAGUUGUCUUCUCGGCUUUUCCCUGAAUCCAGAACAGCUUCUUCCUCUUUCUUCUACCACACACUGACUCACAGUUUGGACUAGUAGUUGCGCAUGCCACGAACAUAUACUGCCUCGCAAAUCGCAUACGACAAAUUUAUGCUAAGAUUUCGUCGUUUCUCGUCGUAAUUUUGAUAUCCCUUUUAACCUUUUCCUGUUAUUUUUCUUCACCGGUCCCUGAAGGGAAAGAAGCGCCGAAAGCUGGGUGUCGAGAAAUUACCCUAUCUUGCUUCUCGCUCCAAUUGAUUUCUAUGAGAAUUACCAAUUUCCGCGAGCUGAGUUUUCAUCUUUUUGUUGUGAAUUGAAAACCCAUUAACGGAUUUAUGGGAUUCGAGAGAGAGAGAUGAUGAAAACGAAGUGAUCGUUUCGCUGGAAAGUUCCAGUUAUGGGGAAUUUUAUUGCUGGGCUUUUGUUGCCUCUGCUGCUUUUAAGUGCUGCUUUACUCAAUUGGAGUUUAAUCUCUCUUGUUGAUUUGAUAGCAUUUCUGUUUAUUCAGUCAGUGGCACCAAAACCUGGAUUUCAUUUCCGGAACCGCCCUUUGUUAUUGUGGUUUGUUAUUAUAUUUUCCCUACUUGCUAUUCUUUCGCAAGUGACUUUUCUUAUCAUAUGGGCUGUGGAGGGGAGUAGCUGGAAUAUAGCAGAUGCUUGGUGGACAAAGUUAAUUGGGUUCAUGAGGGUCCAAUCUUGGAGAUCUCCCCUAGUUAUUUAUUUCUUGGUUGCACAACUGUUAGCAUUUUUAGUUGCUUCUGUUGAAAUCUAUGCGAUCAAAGUUGGGCUGGUUUCAGGGCGAGAUGUAUGCUGGGGGCAUUUUUCUGUAUCUGUUGAACAUUUAGGUUCUCAUCUUAGGGUUGUAUUGUGCUUGCUGUUGCCUGCCAUUCAAUUGGUUGUGGGAAUUAGCAAUCCCUCAUGGACGUCUCUUCCAUUCUUUAUUGGUAGCUGUGUUGGCCUUGUUGACUGGUCUCUAACCAGCAAUUUUCUAGGCCUUUUCAGGUGGUGGAGGCCUCUUCAGCUGUACGCAGGCUUCAACAUUGUCCUGCUUUACAUUUAUCAGCUUCCUAUACCGUUCUCAACAACAUUGCAAAGGAUAGCUGAGUUUAUUGGUCUGUACAAGAUAUCUGGAAAUUCUGAGCGGACAGAGAUUUGUUCUUGUCUUUCUCUCAUAGCAUUCUACAUAAUGCUAUCCCAUGUUAGAUGUGAUUUGGAGGAAAUGGACAUUAUUAUGUCGAUGGGAAAAAGUAGUUUGUCUGAGCAACUUCUUCCACCAAAGCAUACAUUUUUCAUUCGUGAAUUAAGAUCUGGUGUAAGGCAUACAAAUGUUUUACUAAGAGGAGAAGUUUUUCGGACAUUUAGCAUAAACUUUUUCACAUAUGGAUUCCCAAUCUCCCUGUUUGCUCUUUCUUUCUGGAGUUUUCAUUUUGCUAGCAUAUGUGCAUUUGGAUUACUAGCAUAUGUUGGCUACAUUGUGUAUGCCUUUCCCUCUUUGUUCCGUUUGCACCAUUUAAAUGGGUUGCUUCUUGUCUUCAUUCUAUUCUGGGCUGUUGGCACAUACAUUUUCAACAUGGCAUUUGCAUUCCUAAAUCGGAAAAUUGGGAAGGACAUGGAGAUAUGGGAAAUGGUUGGGUUGUGGCAUUAUCCCAUUCCUGGACUUUUUCUGCUGGCACAAUUUUGCCUUGGAAUUCUGGUUGCCGUUGGUAAUCUGGUGAACAACUCUGUCUUCCUAUACUUGUCUGAUGAAGUUGGGCAAUCUUUGAAUGACAAUGACAACUGCACUGUUGAAGUGAAAGAUGAGACCAAGGUGUUGAUUGUGGCUACAAUUGCAUGGGGACUGCGCAAAUGCUCACGGGCUAUCAUGCUGACAUUGAUAUUCCUCAUUGCUGCAAAACCCGGUUUCAUCCAUGCUGUAUAUGUGAUAUUUUUUUUUAUGUAUCUUCUGAGCCAUGACAUCAGCAGAAAGAUGCGCCAAUCCUUGAUUCUCCUAUGUGAGGCCCAUUUUGCAGUGUUGUACAUUCUUCAGCUUAAUCUAAUUUCUAAAUUUUUGGAGCAAAAGGGCUUCUUGAGUAUGGAAAUUUUAUCUCAAUUAGGUCUUCUUGACAGCGAUAGCUCCUGGGAUUUCUUGGAGAUAGCUUUGCUUGCAUGCUUUUGUGCAGUUCAUAAUCAUGGCUUUGAAAUGUUAUUUUCAUUCUCAGCCAUUGUGCAGCAUACCCCUAGCCCUCCUGUUGGAUUUAGCAUUCUGAAAGCUGGUUUGAGCAAAUCAGUUCUAUUGUCUGUGUAUGCAUCUCCAAGCUUCAGUGACAGACAUGAUGAUGCUUCUCAUGAGAGAAGAAUAGCAUCAUUCCUCAGUGCAGUAGGACAGAAGUUCCUAUCAAUAUAUCGGUCAUUUGGAACCUAUGUUGCUUUUUUGACCAUACUUCUCACAGUUUACCUGGUGAGACCUAAUUAUAUAUCAUUCGGGUACAUUUUCCUUCUACUCUUCUGGAUCAUUGGAAGACAAGUUGCUGAGAAGACAAAAAGACGCCUGUGGUUUCCAUUAAAAGUAUAUGCAAUUAUGGUGUUUACUUUCUCAUAUAGCUUGUGCAUUUUCUCUAGCUUAGAGCUGUGGUUGUCUGGUAUAAUAGAUCUUUAUCAUGACUUGGGCUAUAAUCCAGAAGCUUCAUUAUUUGAAAAUGUUUGGGAAUCUCUAGCAAUUUUGGUUGUGAUGCAACUUUACAGUUAUGAAAGGAGACAGAGCAAGUAUAACAGGUCGAAUGAUGCUGAUCCAUCAGAAUCUGGAGUAUUUGGGUUUAUCAGACGCCUUCUAAUUUGGCACAGUCAGAAAAUUUUGUAUAUUGCUGUGUUCUAUGCAUCUCUGUUGUCAAUUAGUGCAUUUGGUUUUCUGUAUAUUUUUGGCCUUGUUAUAUGUUCAACUUUACCCAAAGCUUCUCGGAUCUCAUCCAGAUCAUUCUUAAUUUACACAGGAAUUCUGGUGACCACUGAGUAUCUUUUCCAGAUGUGGGGUAAACAGGCUGGGAUGUUUCCUGGCCAAAAGCACUCUUAUUUGUCCAAUUUGUUGGGUUUCCAGGUAUUUAGGCCUGGAUUUUGGGGCAUAGAAUCAGGUUUGAGGGGAAAAGUUCUGGUUGUUGCAGCCUGUACUCUCCAGUACAAUGUCCUUCGUUGGUUGGGGAGGAUGCCAAGUAAUCUUCUGAAUACAGGAAAAUGGGAAGAACCUUGCCAAUUGUUUGUCUCAGCAGAAGAUACAUCAACUGUUGUUUCCAUCACUAAUCAGGGAAGUAAUCUAUCAUCAGAUUCCGUGUCACUAUUUGCAAAGGAAACAGUGGUGCCUAGCAAUUCAUGGCCAUCUUUUGACUCUUAUGUGCCUCAAGAAUCUCUGCCAGUGGCUUCUAAAAUAGGAGGCUCUGACAGUAGCAGCACAAGAAAAUAUUCAUUUCAAUAUAUCUGGGGAAGCUCUAGGGAAAGUCAAAAGUGGAAUAAGAAGCGGAUAAUUGCCUUAAGAAAGGAAAGAUUUGAAAUGCAGAAGACUACCUUGGAAGUAUAUCUGAAGUUUUGGAUGGAGAAUAUGUUCAAUCUCUUUGGCCUUGAGAUAAACAUGGUUGCAUUGCUUCUUGCCAGUUUUGCAUUGUUGAAUGCUAUUUCUAUGCUGUACAUUGCAUCACUCGCAGCUUUUAUUCUUUUGGAUCGGCGUAUUGUACGUAAAGUGUGGCCUGUAUUUGUCUUUUUGUCUGCCACUAUUCUCAUCCUUGAGUACUUUGCCAUCUGGAAGAAUAUGAUGCCUUCAAGUAAAAAUGUCCCAACUGAGACCAGUGUGCAAUGCCAUGAUUGCUGGAGAAGCUCAAAUCAACAUUUCAAUUACUGCAAAAACUGUUGGCUAGGACUUAUUGUUGAUGAUCCUAAGACACUUAUCAGCUAUUUUAUGGUAUUCAUGCUUGCUUGUUUUAAACUUCGUGCGGAUCACCUCUCCAGUUUCUCAGGAUCUUUCACAUAUAAUCAGAUGAUAUCUCAACGUAAGAAUGCAUUUGUUUGGAGAGAUCUUUCUUUUGAAACUAAAAGUAUGUGGACUUUUCUCGACUACCUGAGGCUAUACUUUUAUUGUCAUCUAUUGGAUCUUGUGCUUGCUUUGAUUCUGAUUACUGGAACCCUCGAGUAUGAUAUUCUGCACCUUGGGUACCUUUGUUUUGCCCUGGCUUUCUUUCGUAUGAGACUCAAAAUAUUGAAGAAGAAGAACAAAAUUUUCAAGUUCUUGCGCAUCUACAAUUUUGCUGUUAUUGUUCUUUCUCUUACUUAUCAGUCUCCUUUUGUGGGGGAAUUCAGUGCGGGGACAUGUGACACAAUAGAUUACAUAUAUGAGGUGAUUGGAUUUUAUAAAUAUGACUAUGGGUUUCGGAUUACUUCAAGAUCUGCUCUGGUGGAGAUUAUCAUAUUUUUGCUCGUGUCACUGCAGUCAUAUAUCUUUUCCUCCCAGGAGUUUGAUUAUGUGUCACGAUACCUUGAAGCAGAACAAAUUGGUGCCAUUGUGCUUGAGCAGGAGAAGAAAGCUGCAUGGAAGACUGCACAGCUACAGCAUAUUCGUGAAAGUGAGGAAAAGAAACGCCAGCGUAACUUGCAAGUAGAGAAAAUGAAAUCUGAGAUGCUCAAUCUUCAAAACCAACUGUACAGCAUUAACUCAACUGCAAAUUUCUAUGAUGCCUCCACUGGUAUUGGAGGCCUACGGAGGAGGAGGAGUACUUCUCUUAAUAAGGAGGAAGGUAGUUAUGGAAAGCAUGAUCCGGAUAUAAAUACAGAUUUAGUAUUCCCUUUUGAAUUGCAUGAGCCUCCUGCUUGUACUAAAACUGAAAGUCCAACAGAAUCAGGUUUUGAGAAGCAUUCGAUGGAAGCUCCUCAUUGUGAGAUUUCUGAACUCGAAGUGGAUGCUGCUGACGGUGCAUUGCUUGAUUCAAACAAAACAGAGAGAGGCCAAGCAAAGGAAAAUCCAUUAAUUUCUGCUGUGCAGCUAAUUAAUGAUGGUGUCUCCCAGGUACAGUGCAUUGGGAAUCAGGCAGUUACUAACCUGGCAAGCUUCUUGAACAUAAAGCAUGAAGAUUUGGACUCAAAUGAGCACUCUCCUACAGAUGAUGAGGUAUAUGAUGCAGUAGAGAGUGAGAAUAUGACAUACACCUGUUUAAACCACUCAUCUUCUCUUCAGUCUGAUAAGAGCAGAUCCAUGUCGGAUACUGCAAGCUUGCAAAUCGGAAUAAUCAUCCGUCACAUAUGGUCCCAGAUGCGAUCCAAUAAUGAUAUUGUGUGUUACUGUUGCUUCAUUCUUGUCUUUCUUUGGAACUUCAGUUUGCUUUCUAUGGUGUACCUUGCAGCUCUCUUCUUGUAUGCUCUAUGUGUAAACACUGGCCCAAGUUACAUCUUUUGGGUUGUAAUGCUAAUCUACACAGAGAUCUAUAUUUUGCUUCAGUAUCUGUAUCAAAUAAUCAUCCAACACUGUGGACUGAGCAUUCAGUUGAGCCUACUGCAUGAAUUAGGGUUUCCUACACACAAAAUCGCAUCAUCAUUUGUUGUCAACUCAUUGCCUCUUUUUUUAGUCUACUUGUUUACCCUUAUACAGAGCUUUAUAACCACAAAAGAUGGUGAAUGGAUGUUCUACACAAAAUCCAAUUUUUUCAAAAGAAGAGUCCUUUACGGAGACACUAGCUUAAGUUCUAGCUUGAGUGAGAAGGCAUGGAGGCUGCUUUUACCAGUAACAAAUGUUGUAAAAAUGAUAAUUAGAGGCUUCUGUACCUACUGGAAAUCAGUCACACAGGGAGCAGAAUCUCCUCCUUACUUUGUUCAGUUGUCCAUGGAUGUCCACUUGUGGCCAGAGGACGGGAUCCAGCCAGAGAAGAUUGAGUCUGGAAUAAAUCAAUUGCUUAAAAUUGUUCAUGAUGAUAGAUGCAAGGAAAAGAAUCCUAAUGUUUGCCCUUCUGCCAGUAGAGUUCGCAUUCAGAGCAUUGAAAGAAGUCAAGAAGACCCAAGUGUGGCAUUGGCUGUUCUUGAGGUGGUAUAUGCCUCCCCUUUGACAGAAUGUGCAGCUGAAUGGUACAAGUCACUCACUCCAGCAGCUGAUGUAGCAAAAGAAAUUCUUAAAGCAAAGAAUGCAGGCUUUAUUGAAGAAGUGGGAUUCCAAUAUCCAAUAAUCUCUGUAAUUGGGGGAGGUAAAAGAGAAGUUGAUCUGUAUGCCUACAUAUUUGGUGCAGAUUUGACUGUUUUCUUUUUAGUUGCCAUAUUCUAUCAAUCUGUCAUAAAAAACAAAAGUCAAUUUCUUGAGGUGUAUCAGCUUGAAGAUCAAUUUCCUAAAGAGUUUGUGUUCAUCUUAAUGGUCAUCUUCUUCCUGAUUGUUCUUGAUCGAAUCAUCUACCUCUGUUCAUUUGCUACAGGGAAAGUGAUAUUUUACCUUUUCAACCUUAUACUCUUUACUUAUUAUGUCACUGAGUAUGCUUGGCACAUGCAACCUUCACAUCUACAAGCUGCAGGAUUAGCUCUCCGUGCUAUAUAUAUCACAAAAGCAGUUUCUCUUGCGUUGCAAGCCAUACAAAUCCGAUAUGGGAUUCCUCAUAAAAGCACUUUGUAUCAGCAGUUUCUGACAAGCGAAGUUUCACGAAUUAAUUAUUUAGGUUAUCGACUUUAUCGUUCUCUGCCAUUCCUUUAUGAAUUACGGUGUGUACUCGACUGGUCAUGCACAACUACAUCAUUGACAAUGUAUGAUUGGCUUAAGCUUGAAGACAUAUAUGCAAGCUUGUAUCUAGUCAAAUGUGAUGCAGUCUUGAAUAGAGCUCAGCACAAACAAGGAGAGAAGCAGACAAAAUGGACUAAAUUCUGCAAUGGGAUAUGUCUAUUCUUCAUAUUGAUGUGUGUUAUCUGGGCUCCUAUGCUGAUGUACAGCAGUGGCAACCCAACAAAUAUUUCAAACCCAAUCAAUGAUGCAAGUAUUCAGGUUGAUAUUAAGACAUCUCUUGGUGGAAGGUUGACAUUGUACGAGACCAGUCUCUGUAAAAGGCUCCAGUCAGAUAAGCUGGAUGUAGGUGUUGAUCUUGAUCCACAAAAUUAUCUGGGUGCAUAUGAUAAGAGUGAUAUCCAGCUAAUAUGCUGUCAAGCAGAUGCAAGUACUUUGUGGUUGGUUCCCGAUGUGGUUCUGACUAGAUUCAUUCAGUCCCUUGAGCAGGACAGGAGUAUUAGUUUCUCUUGGGUCCUCAACAGGGACAGGCCAAAAGGCAAGGAAGUUGUUAGAUAUGAAAGAAGUGUCGACCCUCAGGAUCUUCCAAGAGCAUCAGAAGUCCAGGAAGUUCUCAAUGGCACCUCCAACAGCUUUAGGAUAUAUAAUGUUUACCCAAGAUACUUUCGGGUUACUGGCUCUGGUGAUGUUAGACCUAUUGACCAGGAGGCAAAUGUGGUUAGCGCAGAUCUUGUCAUAAAUCGUGGAAAUCAUGAAUGGUGGUCCUUUUAUGAUAUCAAUUCGUCAGAUGUGAAUGGAUGCGGAGGUUUGACAGGACCUAUGGCCAUCAUUGUCUCUGAGGAAACACCACAGGGUAUUCUUGGUGAAACUCUAAGCAAGUUCAGCAUAUGGGGCCUGUACAUUACAUUUGUGCUGGCAGUUGGUCGUUUCAUCAGGCUGCAGUGCUCUGACUUGAGAAUGAGAAUCCCAUAUGAGAAUCUUCCCUCCUGUGACAGGUUGAUAGCCAUUUGUGAGGAUAUAUAUGCUGCAAGAGCAGAGGGUGAGCUUGGAGUUGAAGAGGUCCUUUACUGGACAUUAGUGAAGAUUUACAGGUCGCCGCACAUGCUACUUGAGUACACCAAACCUGACUAGGCUUGAAGACUAAAUAUGCUACCCCUAGCUAUUAACAUCUUCAUGGGCGUGAUGGUGAUUGUAUGUUUGAUUAAACUCCGGUUGCAGCAAAUCAGCUGUGGAAAGCUUCCUAUUUGUUCAUAUGCUUUCUGCAUGGCAUCCUCUCGUUUUUUUGUUGUUGAAAGGGAUCAUGAAUACUCGGACCCACAUACAUACAAGUCUGGUGUCUUAUACCAUAUGAAUGUUACAUCACAGAAUGCCAAACAGGGUGUACCAACUUGAUUUGAAGAUGUUGAUAAUACAGGAGAGGUUUUAUUUUUUAGGUUCUCAUUCAUUUGCCGUGUAUAUAAUUAUACUAGUUACUCUUGUAUUUAUACUGCAUUUUGUUAGUAGGGCACAUUUGAAACACGGAUACAUUCAACAAUAUCAAAUGAAUACAUCCAUUUAUUGUGAAAA